AUGUCUGGAGGUGCCCGUGUCGACUCGCUCGAGUCGCUGGUGUAUGCCAUGCGUGCCACGCUCUCGCCCGAAGUGAGUGACAGCGAGCGCAAGGCGGCGACGGCUGCCAUCCGCGAGUACCAGUCGCAGCCCGAGUGCUUUAUGGGCUUUGUCUCGGUCGUUUCCAACGCUGAGGACGAAGCGCUGCGGAUGCAGGCUGCUGUGCUUCUCCUUCAAUCCAUGUCGCACUGGACCAAUCUGGGCCAGGACGACAAGAACUCGGCCAAGGACGCCCUGCUCAACGCCCUCUUCUCCGAUCCCAUGCCACUUGUCCGCCGCAACCUCGGCGUGGCUGUCGCUGUCACCGCCCGCCGCGAGCUGACCACUGGCGGAUGGGACGCGUUCCUCCCCAUCAUGCACCAGGCCGCCGAGUCGGACGAGCCGCGCGCCCGUGAGGUGGCCUUUAGCGUCUUCAAGCGCCUUGUCCGCUUCUUUGGCCUCAACGAGCCGGCCUUCUUCUCGCAGCUCGCCCCGCUCUGGGUCAACGCCCUCACCGAUGCCGGCAGCAACGAGGUCCGCAUCGACGCCUUUGCCUCUCUCGCCGCCAUGACAGCGUACUUUGAGGAGGAGGGCGACUUUGCCUCGUUUGAGCCCAUCUUCCCGCAGAUGCUGCAGACCGUCGUCACCUUUGUCGAGGCCAACGACGAGAGCAAGGCUGUGGUCGCGCUCGGAGUCCUCGAGGACAUGCUGCAGAUCACGCCCACCUUUGUGGCCACGCUCUGGCCGCAGCUUGUCCAGUUCAACGUCCAGCUCAUCCAGGCCGGCAAGGAGGACAUCACCAAGCGUGCGCUCUCUUCGCUCGCCAAGUACGUGGAGCUCAAGCCGAUGCUUCUGCUCAAGCACGAGCUUGUGUCGGACGUUCUCAACGCGGCCUUUACCUGCAUCGCCGAGGAGGAGACCGACAUUGACGAGGGCAACUCGAUUCCGUCCAACGCCCAGACGCUCGUCGACACCAUCUGCCUCCGCAUCGGCCCCUCGCACACCUUCCCGCUCUGCAUGGAGGCCGCCUCGCAGUAUCUGGCUGACUCGGUCACCUCGCCUCACACCAUCCGUGGCGGGCUCAUGAUUCUUGCCAUGUCCGCCGAGGGCUGCCAGGCGUACAUGCGCGAGGAGCUGGAGACCCUGAUGAACGCCAUGAUGCCGCAUCUCUCGUCGAGCGCUCCGCUCGUCCGCGACGCCGCACUCAUGGUCCUCUACCAGUUUGCCGAGCACAUGCGCCCGAACAUCCACGACUACCACCGGAUUGUCAUUGCCGGCUCACUCGACGGACUCUCGGAGGAUCUCCUCUCGUCGCGCAUGAACGCUGCGCGUGCGCUCAACUCGUUUGUUGUCUUUCUAGAGAAUGAGGUGCUUGCUGAGUACCUGGAGAACAUCAUGUCCGGCUACGUCGGGACCAUUGUGGGAGAGCCCGAGAGCCUCGAGCUCCCGCUCAUGUGCGCCUCGCUGACCGGCAUCGGCAUGCUCGCUGUCUCUGUCGGGCCUGCCUUUGCGCCGUAUUUUGAGCCGACCAUGGAUCUGAUGAUCGAGAUCAUCGGCCUCACCGACAACGACUCGAUCAACCUCCGCGCCCGCGCCAUCGAGGCCAUCGGCGGUGUGGCCCAAGCGUGCGGCCUCGAGGCCUUUGCGCCGUACCUGGACGCCGUCAUGACCAACGCCUUCGAAGGCCUCAAGUUGGAGUUCUGCCGCCUCCGCGAGCACACGUACUCGUUCUUUGGCCGUGUCGCCACCCUCAUGGGCCAGGAGUUUGGCAAGUACGUCGACGACGUUCUUCCCAUCCUCUACGCCAUCUGCAAGGCGCCCGACAUGGCCGUCUUUACCGGCGACGUCUUUGUCGACACCGGCGACGACGACUACGACGACGACUUUGAGGUGCCACAGGACGCGCAGGACGAGAAGGGCUCUGCCGCGUACUGCAUCGGGGUCAUUGCCACCGCCAUGGGCCCGGCCUUUCUGCCGUUUGUGCAAGACUCGUUCUCGGCCCUCGAGACGCUGCUGCAGUACGACAACGAGGACGUGCGGGCGUCGGUCGUGACCGCCAUGUCCGAGGUUGCCCGCGUCGUCCCGGCUACGCUCGAGUGGAGGUACAGCGUCGGCCUGCCCAUCACCGACAACGUGCCAGAGCCGAUCGCCCAGGUCGCCGCCUUUAUCGUCCCCAAGUUCCUCCUCCGCAUGUUCCACGAGGAGGCCGUCGAGGUUGUCUCGCGCGCCAUGACCUCGUUCGCCUCGCUCACCCGCGCCUUUGGCCCCAUCAUGUUUGCCAACGAGGACAACUACGAGCUCUUCUCGUCGAUUGCCCGCCUCACUCUUGAGCGCGAGCUCAUCUGCCAGCAGCCGCUCGACGAGGACGACUUUGGUGACGACGUCGAGGCCCGCGCCGUCGCCGCCCUCGUCGCCGAGGACAAGCAGGUCGCCGGUGAUGCCCUCUCCGGCCACGGAGCCAACGUCGACGACCUUCUCGACGCCGAGUCACCCAUCGACAUGGGCACCAUGGAGACCGACCACCUCGCCGAGGCCCUCGAAGCCGCCUCGGAGGUUCUUGGCGCCGCCUUUGAGCCUUGCUUCAAGGGCCUGCUAGAGGGCCUCGAGUCGCGCGCCCGCCCGCAGCGCCCGGUCUACGAGCGCUGCACCGCUCUUGGCGUGCUCUCGGCCUCAGCCGCCGCCCUCGGCCCGCGCAUCGCCCCGUACCUCGAGAGCCCUAUGCUCCCGCUCUUCCUCGCGGGCUGCAAGGACGAGUCCGAGGAUGUCCGCCGCAACGCCGUCUUUGGCCUCGGCCUCAUUCUCGAGGUCAUGGGUUCUCACAAUGUGGCCCCCGGCCUCGCCGCCGUUCUCCCGCACGCCCUCGAAGCCAUCAACAACGUCUUUGACGCCGGCUACGUCGAGGACGCCGCCGCGCCCGACAACGCCGUUGCCGCCCUUGGCCGCCUCAUCUCCGCCAUGCCUCAGCCGUCUGACCUCCCGCUCUCCGCCCUCAUCCCGGCCAUGGUCGCCCACAUGCCGCUCACCGCCGACGCCUCGGAGAACCCGGCCGUCUACUCAGCGCUAUUUGCUCUCUUCUCAGCCUCGGACGAGGCUGUCUUCGGUGAGCUCCCCAACCUUAUCCGCUCGGCCCUUCCCGACCACAUUGCCUUCCAGCUCGGCCUCCUCCUCAACUCGCUCAUCAACCACGACCAGAUCGGCUCCGAGGUCAGCGCCAUGCUCGCCUCGCUCGACGACGACGAGCGCGCAAACCUCAUGGGUGUGGUCCAGCAAGCUGUUGCCGCCCAAUGA